GUCCCUGAGCGCCGCCCGCGGCCCGGCCCGGCAGGAGCGGCGGCGCGGGCCGGACAUGCUGCCCGACUGCCUGUCGGCGGAGGGCGAGCGGCGCUGCCGGCAGCUGCUGGCCACGGCCACGGCCCGGCUCCGCGCGCGGCCCGCGGCGGCCGCGGUGCUCGUGCCGCUGUGCUCGGUGCGCGGGGCCCCGGCGCUGCUCUACCCGCUGCGGUCCAGCCGCCUGGCCGGGAGGCACAAGGGCGACGUCAGCUUCCCAGGCGGCAAGAGUGACCCGGGGGACCGGGAUGUGGUGCACACGGCCCUGAGGGAGACCCAGGAGGAGCUGGGCCUGGCGGUGCCGGAGGACCGCGUGUGGGGUGUCCUGCAGCCCGUGUUUGACCAGGCACAGAACUCCGUGGUGCCGGUGCUGGCCGGUGUGGGCCCACUGGAUCCCCAGAACCUCCAGCCCAACCCUGAGGAGGUGGAGGAGGUGUUCGCGCUGCCCCUGGCCCACCUGCUGCAGGCGCAGCACCAGGGCUACACCCACUUCUGCAAGGGCGGCCACUUCCGCUACACAAUGCCCGUCUUCCUCCACGGCCCGCACCGCGUCUGGGGGCUCACGGCCGUCAUCACCGAGUUCGCCCUGCAGGUCCUGGCGCCGGGCGCCUACCAGCCCCGCCUGGAGAUCCCCCGGGCAUGGCGGCUCCGGGGCUGAAGGCUGGUCCUCGGCAGCUCGGCCUCGGGACUGAAUAAAGCGCCUUUACCGACUCUGGCGACUGCAUCUUCUGCGCCAGGGCCCGACCUCGAGCAGACCCCGUGGGACAGCGGGCUCCUGGCUGGGGCACCCGUCUGAGCACACUGUCAGCCCGCAGUGGCGCGUACCCUGCACCGGGUACUUGGCAUCACUGCUCUCGUUUCACCCUCGCCUCGGCCCCGUGAGGUGGGCCGACGCUGACCCUGGCUGGUGAGCCUGGGCUCCGAGAGGACAGACGCCCUGACCACGCUGGGUUUGAACCAGGCCCCCUCGGACUCGAGCCCAGACCCUCAGCCACGUGUGCUCCUUCCGCCGUGCCUGGCGGACCCCGUGCUGGGCCGCGGGAGUCUGGGGAGCAGCCCUGACGAGGAGCGCCCACCGCGCUCCAGCUGCUGGGCGGGGCCCCAUCUGGGGACCAGCAGAUGCUGUCCUGGCCUCUGGGGGUUGGGAGGGGCUCAGACUAGGGGAGACCUUGGACCAGAUGCCCCUGUGGCUGCACAUUGAACGGUCACGUGUAAAUCACAGGGGAGUUAUGCAGUGUUCUGUGAGAGUUGAGGGGGUCAGUUGGACUUUGGCAGGUGGACUGGGCAGUAUUAGCCAGGACAAGUGAUGGGGAACGCCACCCACUGGCUGGAAUGGUGAUUGUGAAUGCAGGGUUCGCGUAGCUUCAGGCAUGGCUGCAUCCAGGGGCUCUCCCUCUGGCCGGCCUCAUCCCCAGGACCGUCUCCACUCCAGGGAGAGGGGCGGAGAGGGCCGCAGCUCAGGUGGCCCCGUGUUCCACUCGGCCAGGGUAACCUGCCGUGCGGCUGCUGGGUUUGGAGCUGUUGCCUGGCAGGAUCUGGGGCACAGCCCUGGGGAGGAGGGUGGACCCCCAGGCUGGGAAUAGGGAGGGGGCGGCCGCCAAAGGACCACUGGGAAGGGGGAUGCCGAGCAGGUGAAAGCCAGCCGAGUUCCCCUGCAGAGUGACCUUGACUCUGGAGGCAGGAGUGAGCCGGGCCGGAGGGCGGGGCAGGACGGUUGGGGCAGCAGCCGCCGGGCACAGAGCCCGGUGUUCACGGAAACCGUGAGGAGUAACGGGGAGAUGGGGGUGCCAGGGCCGUGCCUCAGGCCCGUAAAGGAGAGAGGAGUGGGUGUGAUCUGACCCACGUGCCAGAAGCGUGAGCUGCAAGGGGCCAGACCGCAGAUGCCCUCCUCCCCAAGCGCCCCC